AUGACAAACGAAGAAGAAAAUUGUGGUUGGAAUUUAGCUAUAACAUAUAUGUUAUCAUCAACAUUUAAACCUGAUCGUUCAUGUUUAAAUAAAAUAAGUCAAAUUGAUUUUUCUGGAUUAAAUACAUUAUAUGUAACAACAAUGAAUAAACCAAGUGAAUUAACAACAAACAAACCAAAUGAAGCAAUAUUCAAUAUAGCUAUCAGUAUAAAAUAUAUAUUAUCGAUCUUUAUUUCAAUACUUAUUUUAUAUUUAACAUCGCUUUAA